AUGGAAGACGAAGCGCGGAUGAGCUGGCUAAGUGGCCGGCCGCAGCGAGUUCUCAACUUGCGCCGGCCUGCAGAACUCUCGUCAACAAACAUGGAGUAUUGCGCGCAAUGGAGCGUCAUGGACGACCAGAUCAUGUUGACUUUACCGUCAGCAAACAGCGUUACAUCUCCAUCGCUGAUCUUUAUGGCCGACAUCAACGCCAGCUUGGGAACAGAAGACAACAUAGUCGAGUUUCAACGAGUCGUGGAUUUACCAUACCAUGCCACAAGCUCAAGACUGCUAGGCAACCAAGCGGGCGAGAGUAAAUUAAUACUGCGCACUCACGACCUGACCGGCAAUGUCAAUAACGAAAGGACAUUGACUGCAGAGGCUACCGAUGGCGAGAUUGCCCUUCACGGCUCAUCUGUAGCCAUCUGCGUAUACGAUGGUUCAGAUAACUCAUUUGUGAGUUGCCUUGGUAAAUCAAAUCAGAUUGCAAUCUGGGAUACCGAAUCCGGAAACCUCACGAGGAUAGACAUACCUCAAGAUGAGCGCGCGCCUCAAUGUCACCGGGGAAACUUUCAAUUUGCUACACCCUCACAUAUUGCUCUUGGUGGCCACCUUGAUCCAUCGCAUGACAAACCAUAUUCUCUCCAAAGAUCAAUCCCAAUUACAACCUCAGAGCAGAACAAGGGUCGGUUAUUCCAUCAACAUGAGAAUUUCGAGUACGGAAAUGACCAUGAUGCAAUCGCAAUUCCCGGGAGUUCUGCCCACAAUGAUGUUGUAGUUCAUCAUCACCAGCACCAGAGUCGUUUCACAGUUGCAGACGUGGGUUUACUCACUGGUGAAAUCCCGUCCGAGGCACAACCGACGCCUGGAUACUUCAUGGACAAAGAUCUCUUCAAAGAUCUCUUUCAUGUGUUUUCUGACAAGGCCAACGCACGGACGCUGUACGGCAGUUUAUUUGAUCGACUCCCAAGCCUCGUCGGGAACAAAUUACUCGUGCAGGAACACAUUGAGGAAUAUGAACACGAUGAAGACAACUACCAUGGAUACCACGCUUCUCACUCUUCAUUUGGGACGUUCCAAGUCCUCUAUCUCUACGAUUUUGAUCAAGGUCGGUGUAAAGCUCUGCGCCAACUUUCACCAGGCUCCGAACGCCAGGAUCUUGAGACACGUCUGAAAGAGCGAAACCCUAACGCCAAUGUCGUUGUUAUGUCUCGCAUGUUUUACACUUCUAUUGAAGAGGAGGAGGAUACAGAAAAAGAUACGUCCGCAGAGUGGAAAACGCACAUGAGACAAGUAUGGGAGACGAAAUGGGCACGGGAAAAGGGAGAGGCCAAGUUUCCAACCCUCGAGUAUGAUGAUCCGCCAGAAGGGUGCAACGAUCCUCGCAUGUUAUACACACGCAGCAUGGUUUGUCUUCCAAAAAUAAGGGACGGCGAAGCGCUUGCUAUGACGACUUCAGCGAUAAUAGAGCUCCCCACGGCCAAGGCAGACGGAUAUGUGCACUACUUUGGCACCGAAUAG